GCACGGCAGACGAGGCUGGGCACAUCAUACUUGGAGCAAUAUUCAUCUAAAAAGGAACAUGGGGGUCGGAUGCGGGCCCACGGGUGUAUGCAUGGGGUCUGCAACGUUUGGAUGAUCUCGUGUUUCAACCCACCCACCGCCAAUCCACCGCUCCCGACACUCUUUACUUUACCUACCUACGCCCUACAUACUUCCAUCCCUCGUCCACCGUGUCACGACUAUGGUGACAGGAGAUUUGACACCACCUGUCUUACUCACACACACCCCGAUCCACCUGCGAACUAGUUCCACUCCGACAGAGGCGUUCCGACUCAGCCUCGUCGCCCAGUCUCUCCGGCGAGAGACUCCCUGAAUCAACUCUCCUGAGGCUCUAACUCUGCGCAUUCCUUCACCACCAUGACCUACAUACCCAUCAUGCCUUCACUGUUCGUCCGGCAAAAUCCCCUGGACAGUGUCAAGGACACGCUCAGCAGUUGGGACAAAUGUAUGGCCAAAGCAUAUUGCAAGAAACUUGACAGAUGGCCUGUUAUUGCCGCCAUCAUCGUCGGCUCUCUUAUUGUUCUCACUAUUGUCAUCUGCGUCGCGCGAUGCAUUUGCUGUGGUGUUGAAAUCUGCUCAUGUUGUUGCAAAUGCUGCUCUUGCUGCUGUCCCUCAGGGGGACGCGACAAGCACAAGCGCAUGAAGAGCGAUCCAUACAACCAAUCUGGAUAUCCACAGUCAGGCUAUCCACAAGCAGCAUAUCCACCUGCUCCUGGUCCACUUCACGAUCAGUAUCGCUCGCACGAAACUCCCGCUUUCCACCCCGCGCCGUCCGGCCCUAAGAUCCCCAUCUUCAAUCCCCAGCCUUCGCCGCACAACCAACCCAAACCGAAACCUGAAGAACCCGAAUACGCUCAUUUCGACGUGAGCUCGAAGCCUACCAAUGCAGAUUCUCUGCCCCCUAUGCCUAGCUGGAAUGAAUCAAAGACCAUACACGUGGAAGAGGAGGUAAAUGUACCGGAGAAGCCCAACGAUGUGGAGCUUGACAGAUUGAAUCACAACGGAAGUGUCACAGGUAACUCAAUGACGGCAGCUGCAGCCGUUGGCGGAUAUCGUGGAUCACCUGGACCAAGACGCUCGCCCGUGCAAAGAACACAAACGCAGGAUUCCUACGGUUUCCCUGCAGGAUAUCAAAAUGACUCUUUUGUCAAUGGUUCACCACAACGUGGUCCUCAUACCAGCCCACCUCCACAAAACGGACCAUACGGACAACAACAAGGCAACUAUGGCCAGCCUCCAGCUCGAUAUGGCGACGUCUCGCCUGUGCAUUCAGGUUCGCCAGUCUACGGCGGAGGAGGGGGUUACGCACAGCAGGAUCGAUAUUACGAUCGCGGAUCGCCUGCUCCCAACUACCCUCAACAGCAGCAACAGCAACAACAGUAUCGCCAGCCAAGUCCCGUGGAUAGCUAUGGACAGAGCAACCCGUAUGCUAAUGCCUACCCUGCUCGUGGUCAAGAUCCAAUGAGUAUGCCUGCAGUCAACAACUACAGCGUACCUAGAUCAUACACCCCCGCUUCCGCUUCUCGAGAGCCAAUGAACGCGUCUCCAUCCCCCGUACAAAACACCGAAUACACUCCUCCCGCUCUUCCGAGUGCCCUCACAGCGGGUCAACCACCAUCUGGGCCACCAAAGAGCGAUUCUCCAGCUCCUGCUUAUCCUGGCCAGCAGUCUUAUGACUCUUCACAGCAGGCUAACGCCGGCCCACCAGGCGGGUAUCGUGCAUUCACACCUGGUGCGCAACAUCCCGGGCCAAGCAGAACACCCGCAAACAACUGGGUGUAA